AUGGCCAAAUCUACUCGUUCAAAGACUAAGCGUUCUUUCCGUCGCAACAAGAGGGAAGACAGCGUUUACGCCGCCACGCACGCCGCUCGUCUGGAAAGAUUGAGCAAGAAACUCGCAGACAUCGCCCAGCCCGAAAAGGCAGACAAACAAACAACACUAGACACGAUGGAUGGAGAGAAUGAAGUCCAAGGUUGGCCCUUUUUCGCCCUCCUUGGCCUCGUAGACCCCGAUGAGAUUGGCGCCUUUGGCUCACCAAACUUGAAUCAACGUCCUAAUUCCGGUCAUGAAAGUGACUGGCUACGGGGACUUUCCACAGUCACCUGGCAAACGCUGAGUGAUCCCCGCCUGAUGGCGGCUGUUUCGUAA